AUGUCAAGAAAUUUGGUCAUCAACACUCAGAGGAAAUGGACUCCAUCGCCAGAACUAGCCAUACGAGAGGAAGAGGGAGACGAGGAUGCACAUCCUAUACACAAACAGCGGCUCAUUGAAGAAGUGGAGGAAGACGACGAGGAAGAUCAAGAUGAGAAUGAGGAUGAGGAAGACGAGGACGAAGACCAAGACGAAGACCAAGACGAAGACGAUGGAUCUGAUUUUACAUCGUCGCCUAGCAUCCCAGAUGAAAACAUCAAUUUUGAUCUUGUGUACACUCUUCACACAUUCGAAGCUACUGUGGAUGGGCAAGCUUCUGUCAAAAAGGGAGACGCGCUUACAUUGCUGGAUGACUCAAACUCGUAUUGGUGGCUCAUUCGAGACCUAAAGACGUCUGAAGUGGGCUACAUACCAGCAGAGAACAUUGAAACACCAUUUGAGAGACUGGCUAGAUUGAACAAGCAUCGCAAUGUAGAGUUGACUUCGAUGGAUCAAGCGACUCAUUACAUCAACAACAAAACAGCAUCCAAUGCACCAUUGAAAAAGAAAAAAAAGGUGAUACUCUCAACUUCAUUGAAUGUGCAGUUGCAUGUAUUGCUCACGGGAGAAGAUGACGAUGAGAUUGAGGAUGAAACGUACGAGGAAUGGAACGAAGAAAUGCUUGACGACGAUGAUAUGGACGAGGAUAUCGAGCCACAUAUGGACAAGCAGCAACAGCCACAACAAGCUGAGCCUGAGGAAAAAGACGACGAGGAGGAUGACAAUAAACCUUUGCAACAGUCAGUGCAUAAAAGUAACCAAAUUCUGGAUUCUAAAAAUAAUCUCCAUCAUGAUGAAACGAAGCAAGUAUUGCAACGCCAGCAUAGAAUCAAGGAGCCUACUGCUGUCAACAAUCAUGCAGACCCGGUUCGACAUCCAUCACGUGAACAGGUCCCAGUCAAUUCAAAGGUGUUGCGGGUCUUUGCUGGCAACGUAGACGUGGGAGCAUCCUACCAUUCAGUACGGGUCACUGAGUCCACCAGUGUCGAUGAGCUACUGAUGAGCGCCAUGGAGAAAUUCCACAUUUCGCAGAUCGAGACAAAAAAUGGCCGUUCCCAUGGCAAAAACAGCGGUGUUGAGUAUUACCUUACUGUCAAGAGUCGGGAUGGCGAUGAAAUCACAUUGGAUCCAGAGGACAAGCCCUACGCUAUUCAUGAAUCACUCACAGCACACCUUACCACACCCAUGCCCUCACUCACACAAUUCAGACAGUUGGUGCCUACCUCUGAUUACGUCAACAAGAAGAAAAAGAAGCGAUCUUCGUCCAUCUCAUCGCUCAGCGACUCUUCGCUCCAAUUCUUUAUGCACAAGCGCAUCAAGCGGGUCAAUGAUAAGAGUGGCCAGGUUCAUAUCAAGGUAUCUUUAAUGACAGCUGUCACCUCGGCAACAACAACAACUGCAGCGGUAGCAGCUCUUCCAGUAUCUGACAAGAUGGCAGCCAUCAAAAAGAUGACCACAUUGCGAAGAUUUGGCAAGAAGAAGAAGACGAUAAAGGACAAGGCAGAGAUGGAGAGGAUUGAUAAAAUGAUUGCGAUACCAGCAAAUAUCUCUAUUGCUGAUUUGACAUCAACGGCGUUGGUGAAAUUCCACAUUAUAUCAGACAUAGAACAGCCUCACCAGUAUAGAUUGAUUUUGAGCACAAAUGGCAGAGACACCUUGCUGAACCUGGAUCAAAAACUAUCAGACGUAUUGAAAGACCUGGAAGCCACAGCCAGAGAAAAGCACUUUGUACUGCACAACUUCGUCAGCAACCUUAACGAUCAGCGACCCGUCUCACUGUCAUCUUCAACAUCCUCCUCCUCUUCCUCAUCGGCUAGGCCAACAUCAAUCAUGACACGUCUCGAUAGUAAUACGGAAGCCAUUUUGAAGCGAGUCGAUGCUGCAUUAGAAGCAUAUGAGCCCACUAUCAGCACAAUACCUCGAAAGGACAUUGCUAACCCAAACUUUCCAUCACCCAUGUCGGUCUCUCGCAAUGAAGGAGGUGUCGAUAUUCACUUACCUCAUGGCGUAUUACGAAGCACACCACUCUCUGAGAAACAAACACAGUACUCACUCAUGAAGAAUCCAAAUACAUUGGUGCUGCAACGCGUGCUGCCAGCAGACAAGAACACAGGCAGAAAAGUGCCAGCAGAGAAAAAUGCGAUAUCAGGAGAGGAAAUGGCAACUCUGGUCAAGUAUGGGUCUCAGUAUCUGGAUGCGUAUGAUACAGCAAAAAAUGCCACUUCGCUUACUACUCCUGCUGCAGCAAGUCGAUUGUUUGUAGAAAGAGAUGGUGGAAAAAGCUUGUCCAGUCUUGAGGAUUUGGAAAAGGAGCUGCACCGUAUCAUUACAUCUCAUUCAUCUUGA